AUGGUCAACGACUUUCUUGACCCGAAUUCCCUUGCAGGAAACACGCGGCAACGCUCCCUGAGCAACGCGGACACUGUCAAUUCCUCCACUGCCAUCCAAAGCCCUCUCCUCACGCCCUACGGCACAACUGCUGCUCCCAGCAUUGUGGAGGAGUCAGCCGAGGUUGCCUUGCACCCAGACCCGGGCACCGAGGCCGACUUCCACGUGGAGAACAAUCCUUUUGGGUUUUCUCCCGGCCAGUUGAACAAGCUCCUGAACCCCAAGUCGCUCCCGGCCUUUCGUGCGCUGGGCGGUCUUCGGGGCAUUGCGCGUGGACUGCAGACUGAUCUUCACUCAGGCCUUAGUGCCGACGAGACAACUGCGCCCGCAAGAGUCACGUUCGACGAGGCAGUGCAUGCCGCCAAGGGGAAGGGCUCGCUGCCAGCACCCACCCACGAGGCUGCAGCCGGCGCACAUCAUCAUGGCUCCGGAUCAAAUCUGCAUGCAGAUCGGAUCCGCGUGUUCAAGAAGAACGUGCUCCCGGCCAAGAAGCCAGACCCCCUCUGGAAGCUGAUGUGGGUGGCAUUCAACGAGGCUGUCUUGUUCCUUCUGACAGGCGCUGGUGUCAUUUCGCUCGCUCUCGGUCUCUACGAGACUUUUGGCGUCACCCAUGAUGAUGACCCGUCUGGGAAAAUCAAAUGGGUCGAGGGUGUCGCCAUUCUCGCUGCCGUCGUCAUCGUGGUAGUCGUGGGCUCGCACAAUGACUACCAAAAGCAAAAGGCAUUUGUGAAGCUGAACACGCGAAAGGAAGAUCGUGAGAUCAAGGCCAUUCGUUCUGGAAAGUCGGUUCUUAUCAAUGUCCACGAGAUUCUGGCUGGCGAUGUCUUGUAUGUUGAGCCGGGCGACAUGGUCCCGGUUGAUGGUAUCCUGAUCAGCGGCCACGAUGUGAAGUGUGAUGAGUCCUCUGCCACUGGCGAGUCUGAUGCUCUCCGCAAGACACCUGGAGACAAGGUCUAUGAGCUUCUUGAAUCUAAGCAGGGUGGCAUGAAAGAUCUCGACCCCUUCAUUAUCUCUGGUUCCAGAGUUCUUGAAGGCAUGGGAACGAUCGUGUGCACUUCGGUUGGAGUCCAUAGCAGCUUUGGCAAGAUCAUGAUGUCAGUUCGGACAGAUAUUGAGGCUACACCACUUCAGAAGAAACUGGAGAAGCUGGCUAUCGCUAUUGCAAAGCUCGGCGGAGGUGCUUCUGCCCUCAUGUUCUUCAUCCUGCUUUUCCGCUUUCUCGCGCAGCUGCCCACUGAUGGGAAGACCGCGGAUGAGCGAGCUUCUACAUUCGUCGAUAUGCUGGUUGUUGCAAUUGCUAUAGUCGCUGUGGCUGUUCCAGAGGGGCUUCCCCUGGCUGUCACAUUGGCAUUGGCUUUCGCAACAACCAGAUUGCUCAAGGAAAACAAUUUGGUCCGUGUCUUGCGAGCGUGUGAGACGAUGGGCAACGCAACCGCUAUUUGUUCGGACAAGACUGGAACGUUGACAACCAACAAGAUGACGGUCGUGACUGGACGCUUUGGUACCACGAGUUUCACAGACUUGGAGGCAGACUUGGCAGAGGAACAGUCCUCGGUCAAAUGGUCCUCAGCAUUGCCAGCAAGCACGAAGCAGAUCAUCACACAGUCCGUCGCCAUCAAUUCCACUGCUUUUGAAGGUACACAGGACGGUCAAGAAACCUUCAUUGGGUCCAAGACUGAGACUGCUUUGCUUCAGCUCGCAAAGGAUCAUCUUGGAAUGCAGUCUCUCGCUCAGACUCGCGACAACGAAGAGGUCGUGCAAAUCAUCCCCUUUGACAGCAGCAAGAAGUACAUGGCCGCCGUGAUCAAGAUCCAGCAAGAUGAGAAGCCACGCUAUCGUCUGUUGGUCAAGGGAGCCUCGGAAAUCUUGUUGGAGCUUUGCUCGACUCAACUGGACGUUGACUCUUUGGAUCAGUUGCCUCUCCAGCACGACCUCAUCCGAGACACGAUCAACAAGUACGCUAAAAAGUCUCUUCGCACUAUUGCCAUCGUUUUCAAGGAUUUUGGACAGUGGCCACCGGCAGAAGCAAAAGUUGAUGACGGCCACGUUGAAAUCGAUUCAGUUAUGAACAGCCUCACAUUCCUCGGUGUCGUAGGGAUUCAGGAUCCUGUUCGCCCUGGUGUUCCAGAAGCUGUUCGGAAGACACAGCAUGCUGGCGUUACUGUGCGGAUGGUCACUGGAGACAACAUCAUCACUGCCCAGGCCAUCGCGAAGGAAUGCGGCAUCUACACAGGCGGCAUUGUCAUGGAAGGCCCAGUCUUCCGUAAGCUGUCCGAGGAGGCAAUGAACGAGACACUCCCGAAACUUCAAGUUCUCGCUCGUUCGUCUCCAGAAGACAAGCGCAUCCUUGUCACGAAACUGAAGGCAAUGGGUGAGACGGUCGCUGUCACCGGUGAUGGUACGAACGACGCACCAGCUUUGAAGGCUGCUGAUGUAGGAUUUUCUAUGGGAAUUUCCGGUACUGAAGUAGCCAAGGAAGCUUCAGCUAUUAUUCUCAUGGAUGACAACUUCACGUCGAUUGUGACAGCUCUCAAGUGGGGUCGAGCUGUCAAUGAUGCAGUACAGAAGUUCCUUCAAUUCCAAAUUACGGUCAACAUCACGGCCGUGAUUCUGGCGUUUGUCACGUCAAUGUACAGUCCGACCAUGAAACCUGUCCUCACAGCUAUUCAGCUCCUUUGGGUCAACUUGAUCAUGGACACUUUUGCGGCGUUGGCUCUCGCCACGGACCCUCCGACAGAUAAGAUCCUGGACCGCCCUCCUCAAGGCAAAUCGGCGCCGCUGAUUACAAUGAAUAUGUGGAAGAUGAUCAUUGGACAGUCUAUUUUCCAGCUUGUUGUCAGCUUAAUCUUCUACUUUGCAGGUCCCGAAAUCCUGAACUACGAUCGCCAGGACGAAGACAUGAUGUUGCAGCUUGAUACUCUCAUCUUCAACUUGUUUGUGUGGAUGCAGAUCUUCAACGAGUUCAACAAUCGUCGACUGGACAACAAGUUCAACGUCCUUGAGGGCAUCCAACGCAACUAUUUUUUCGUUUUCAUCAACCUGUUGAUGGUCGGCCUCCAGUUGCUGAUCGUCUUCAUCGGCGGGCGCGUCUUUGGAAUCAAACCUGGGGGUCUCAAUGGCCCUCAGUGGGCGAUCUCCAUCAUCGUUGCGUUGAUGUCCAUUCCGUGGGGUGUUGUUGUACGCAUAUUCCCCGAUGCAUGGUUCACCAGCAUUGUAAGGUUUGUAGGCAAGCCCUUCGUCAUCGUCUAUCGUCUCCUGGCCCGUUUCUUUCGUUCCUUUGGGAGACUUUUCAAGAGAAAGAAUCCCAAGAAGGAUGACUCGGAAGCUGGAGCACAUGCUGGUGAUCAGUCUGUCAUGACAACCUCUGAAAUGAAGACCGCAUCUCCGACAACCGUCUCCGUUCCAGCCCCUGCCGUGCCAGUUGUGAUCACCCCCGACCAAAUCGAGCCUGUCACCGCUCCCUCCAUCGUUGCCCCGAUCAUCGUUGAGCCUGCCUCGGAAGACGCCGCCAGCUCCAAGAAGGAGUGA